UCCCGCACCAGCCGCGUCCCCCCCCCCUCCUCGGCCUCCGGUGGGAAAGACAGAAGGAAACGGGCCACAAGGAGAAAGUCCAACAAAGUUUCAAAACAAUGGAUGACUGAGUCAGAAGAAACUCUGACCUGAAGAUUCCACAGGAGCGUCGCUUUUCCACGAUUUUCACGCAAAAAGUUGAAGUUUCUUCACGUCACGAAUUUUUUUUUUCUGUUUGGAUUUUUCCGCUGAAACUUUGCUGAGGAUUUUAUAUUUGUUUUGACUUUUUUAAAAAAAAAUCUCCCGUCUUAGAUCGAUUCUUUCCCUCUGAAGGCUGCAGUCUGGGAUGUUGAGCUCCGUGAAGAUGGAAGCGCACGAUUUACCAGAGUGGAAUAGUUUUUACAGCGAGGCCAGUGAGAUGUACUCCUCCCCCAGCACCAUGAACUCUGGGCUGGGCUCCAUGGGGACCAUCAGCAGCUACAUCAACCUGAACUCUGCCAACGCCUCGCCCGCAGGCAUGAACAUGGCGUACCCCAGCACCAACCUCAGCAGCUCCCCCCUGGCCUCCAUGGGCUCCGGCCCGAGCCACAUGUCGCUCUCCCCCGUGGCCUCGUCCCUCACCUCGGGCUCCCUGACCCAGCUGGGCCCCACUGCUCCAGGCUCACUGAGCUCGCUGUCCCACUACCAGAACAUGGGCCAGCCCAUGAGCCAGCUGAGCUACACCCCGACCGGGCCCCUGAGCCGGGCGGGGCCCAAGGAGAUCCCCCCGAAGCCGUACCGCCGCUCGCUGACCCACGCCAAGCCUCCAUACUCCUACAUCUCCCUGAUCACCAUGGCCAUCCAGCAGAGCAGCAGCAAGAUGCUGACCCUGAACGAGAUCUACCAGUGGAUCAUGGACCUGUUCCCCUACUACCGCGAGAACCAGCAGCGCUGGCAGAACUCCAUCCGCCACUCGCUGUCCUUCAAUGACUGCUUCGUGAAGGUGGCCCGCUCGCCCGACAAGCCGGGUAAGGGCUCCUACUGGACCCUGCACCCGCAGUCAGGCAACAUGUUCGAGAACGGCUGCUACCUGAGGCGCCAGAAACGCUUCAAGAUCGAGGACAAGGCCUCCAAGAAGGGCAGCAAGAACCAGGACGGGGGCUCGGGGAAAGGGGGCCACAGCGGGGACCGUCUGGGGGAGGAUCAGAGCCCCGCAGGUGGAUCGGAAGGAGCGGACUCCGCCCACUCCGACAACUCCCACCCGGGCUCCUCGGACGAUCAGACUCACAGGAACGCCCUGGUUUCUCUAGACUGCCCUCCGCUGUCCUCCUCACACCUCCAUAGCCCCCCCUCCGCCUCCACCCCCUCCUCCUUAUCCCUCUCUGGCACCUCCUCCUCCUCCAACCCCCUCCUCCACUCCCACCCGCUAACCAGCGCCUCCCACCUCCUGCCCAGCGCCAUGCAGCAGCACAUGGACCUCCAGAGCGACGCCCUCAAGUCCCUGGACCCCCACUACAACUUCAACCACCCCUUCUCCAUCACCAACCUCAUGUCCAACGAGCAGAAGAUGGACCUGAAGUCCUACCAGGACCAGGUCAUGGCCUACAGCAGCUACAGCAGCUCCCCCAUGGGGCCCAAGCAGAUCUACGACAGCCCCAGCCCGGCCGCCAUGGACUCAGGCGCCUACUACCAAACGCUGUACAGCCGCUCGGUGCUCAACGCCUCCUAAUGUGGACACACACACACACACACACACACACACACACACACACACACA